UGAAAAUGUGGCACACAACUACUUAAAUUAAAGUGUGGACACAAACUGUGAAAAUAAAUGUUCGGCACUUCAGGACUGUUAGUGAUUCUUGGAAACACUUUUUUAUGUUUAAGUAAAUGUGGAAACACAACAUCACACACUAUCACAAAUUGUGAUAAAGCCUGAGAAGGACCACAGGUGCUUUUCUAACCACUGCCUUGCUCAGCAGUGAGUCCAUCAAAUGAAGGUCAGCUCAUGGUAUAAAAGGAUGAAACAUGCUCUUAGAAAUGUCGAGACGCUGCAGACAUGCUCGUGUUUCUGCUGUUCACUACACUCACAGCCACAGUGCUGGCUGAGUUGAAGCUUCAAUCCAGUCAUACGGAGAGUAGCACUGCAGGAAGAAUUGUGGGAGGUGAAGAGGUGCCUUAUCAAUCCUCCUGGCCUUGGCAGGUCUCUCUCCAGUAUUACUCUGAUGGCUCCUAUCACCAUUUCUGUGGAGGAACACUGAUCAGGAGAGGAUGGGUCAUGACUGCCGCUCACUGUAUGUACAGUUCCAGGUCUAUACGUGUGGUCCUCGGUGAUCUUAUCCUGCACAGUGACGGUGGAAGAGAGCAAUUCAGGAGUGUCGUCGGUGUUUAUAUCCACCCUGAAUGGAACUAUAACAGCAUCUCCUCUGGUAAUGACAUCGCCCUGUUGAGGCUGUCGUCUGAUGUCUCAUUGACCUCUUACGUGAACCUGGUCUCUCUGCCUCCUAUUGGUGUGAUUCUGCCUCAUAACAGCCCCUGCUACCUCACUGGAUAUGGACGUACCUCCACUGGUGGCAGCAUGCCCUCCAGAAUGAGGCAGGCCUACCUUCCUGUUGUUGACCAUGAGACCUGCACCAGCUUCGGCUGGUGGGGCAGCACUGUCAAGGAGACCAUGAUCUGUGCUGGAGGAGGUGCUCAGUCAGGAUGCAAUGGUGACUUUGGUGGUCCUCUCAGUUGCCGAGUUGGUAACAGUUGGUAUGUCCAUGGGAUAGCCAGCUUUGUGUCUGGUAUGGGAUGCAACACGCCCCAGAAGCCGACAGUCUUCACCCGUGUCUCUGCCUACAUCACAUGGAUAAACUCGGUCAGAAAAAAACAAAAUCAAAAAUCAGACUGUGAAAUGUCCAAGCCAAGUUAAAAUCAUUUCAAAUGAAUGUGCUGUUGAUAAUAUACU